AUGUGGAGCUUGUAUGAAGUGGCACAUUUAAAGAUUACCAGAGAAGAUAUAUUAGAUGAAGCACUUGAUUUCACACAAGCUCGCAUGAAUUCCAAAAUUACUACCAAUCAAUUGAGCACUUUUCUUCGUGCACAAGUAACUCAAUGCUUAAAGAAACCACCACAUAAGGGAAUUCCUAGAUUGGAGACAAGGUGUUACAUAUCUUCCUACGAACAAGAUCAUUCACGUAGUAAAGUUAUUCUAAACUUUGCAAAAUUAGAUUUCAACAUGCUACAAAAAAUGCAUCAAAAAGAACUUGCCAGUAUCACCAAGUGGUGGAAAAAAUCAGACUUUAUAAAGGAAGUCCCUUACGCAAGGGAUAUAUUGGUUGAGGCUUACUUUUGCCCAUUGGCAUGCCACUUCAAGAAAGAUAGGAGGAAAAUUGGUGUCAUGCAUUUCUCUUUUAGAUGA